AUGGCCAAGUGCCUUCCACCUCGCUAUAUUUCCCUCCGCGUCCCCUCCGCCCCUGUGAUUGGGCGUACUGUGUCGAUGGAGGUCCUAUCAUUCAGAGCCGUUGCCCGCAAUAAAGCCGGCGUUCGGCAAUUCUCAUCCAAGCCAUGGCGACAGUACAACAAAGAAAACAAAGACAACAAUAAUCCCGAAAACCCCAAGUCGGGGUCCUGGUCCCGACUUGGCUUUGCCCUACGAAACACCAAGGUCGAAUGGUACCCUAUCCCUGUUGGACUCGGAAUUGGCCUGUUGGGCCUGCUACACUUCUACAAGUCCCAUCGGGCAGAUCGUGAUCGCGCUUUGCGCGAAGAGGCAGGAGAGGGCUGGGAAAAUGGAAAUAGGCCUCCUCGUCGCCCACGAGUUGUGCCCACAGGAUCUUGGCAAGUCCAGUUUAUGUCGACCUUACCCCUGAAGGCCAUGUCCCGACUGUGGGGUCGAUUCAAUGAAAUCGAGCUGCCUUAUUACCUCCGAGUCCCAGGAUUCAAGCUGUAUUCAUGGGUAUUUGGUGUCAACCUCAGUGAAGUUGCGGAGCCUGAUCUGCACGUUUACCCGAACCUGGCUGCCUUCUUUUAUCGCAAGUUGAAGCCAGGCGUGCGCCCCCUCGACCCAGACCCAUCCGCUCUACUUUCCCCGUCAGAUGGCCGCGUUCUUCAGUUUGGUAUGAUUGAGAGAGGAGAAGUAGAACAAGUCAAGGGCAUGACAUACAGUUUGGAUGCUCUUUUAGGCUCAGCCACUCCUUCUCACGCCGACCACAGCAAGCGCCUUACCGACACCCAUCCGGAGCAAAGCCAGAAAGAUGUUGACACUAUGAAGUCGGACGAGGAAUUUGCGCAACUAAAUGGAAUCUCCUACACCGUACCAAGCCUACUUUCGGGUGACCCAGAUGCGCCUGCGAAACGUCGGGCGUCGAUUGAUGCAUCCACUACAUCCAAAACCACAUCGGAGGUACAAGUACAGGAGGAGCUGGCUCGGGGAGACGGCAAGCCGUGGUACUCGUACAACCAGGGUGCGAACCAUGCGCUUUUCUAUUGUGUAAUCUACUUGGCGCCCGGAGACUACCACCGCUUCCACUCCCCCACCGCGUGGGUAGUCGAGAGCCGUCGUCACUUCGCAGGUGAGCUGUACUCGGUAUCUCCCUACUUGCAGCGUCACCUGCCCGGUCUGUUCACUCUCAACGAACGUGUGGCACUGCUUGGCCGCUGGCGAUGGGGUUUCUUUAGUUACACCCCGGUGGGUGCAACUAAUGUGGGCUCAAUUAAAAUCAACUUUGAUUCGGAGUUGCGCACCAAUAGCCUUUUGACCGACACCGCUGCCGACUUGGCAGCCGCCAUGGCAGCCAAGCGUGGUGAGCAAGAUCCCGGCUUCGUUGAGGCUACCUACCGCCACGCCAGUCGCACCCUGGGAGGACAUCCCUUGCAGCGUGGAGAGGAAAUGGGUGGAUUCCAGCUGGGCAGUACCGUUGUCUUGGUGUUUGAGGCACCUGUAAACACCCGCUCGUCCCCAGAUGUCGAUGGACCUGAGCAAAAAGAAGGUGAAGGGUGGAACUGGAGUGUUGAAAAGGGCCAACGGGUUAAGAUGGGUGAAAGACUGGGAUAUGUUGUCGAGCCAUAA